AUGUUAGGUCGACGACAACAGAAUCAACAACAACAACAGCGGUAUGAUAGUGCUAAUUUGCUGGAGGCGGGAGUUCCAUUAUUAACGCGAUUCAUGCCGUAUCUUCCUAUGAUAAUAAAAGUCGCAACAGGGGUGCCGGCGUUUUUUGUCGGGUUUAUCCUCGCCUGUCUUUUCUUCUUAGUGGUUGGACGAGAGGCGCUGCGGUAUGAAUACGCCCCAGUGGCCGGAUUUCACUUGUUGGCGUUGUUGUUGCUGCGGUCCCUCUUCACACCGUGGCGGGAGGGAAAAGAACGCGCGGCGGAAGUGCGGCGACGAGUGGCCGCGCAGCGGUCGUUUGUACGCGAUGUGCAACUCCAAUGGCGGGAAACAUUGGAUUGA